UGGGAGAUGAUCUGGUAGUUAGAAACAAAGCUUUUGAAGAGAAGAUUGGCGGUCGUCUUGAAGAUGAAGCUCCUUCUUCUUGUUGCAGUUAUCGGGGUGGCUUCGGCCUUUCCCUUUGCAGAUUUAUUUGAUGAAGUGACUGGUCAUCAUGUCAUCAAGCCUGGUCAGUGUCCAGUCAUUUCCGCUGACAGCGAGAUCGUUGGUGUUUGUGUGAGCAACUGCCGAGAUGACAGUCAGUGUGAUGGGGCCCAGAAAUGCUGUAAGACUCCCUGUGGUGGAGCUAUGUGUCUGGAUGCUGUUAUCCCUGAACCAGACCAGCGACCAGUGCCCUUGACUUCAGAGCAGAUUGAGCGUCAGUGGCAGGAUUGGGUGGAGACCAAACGUCAGAUGGUUCAGAAGCUUCAACGGUUCCCCCAACCACCCAGGUUCUUCACAGACCUCACCAACACCAGAGAUGCUAUCAGGGUGUGUACUUCCAACCCCUGUGAGUGGAAGAAAUGUGAGCGUAUGGCCAGUACAUUCACCUACAAUCUGAAGCCAAGGAAGGAAUGGGCUUGUGCUUUGGCAACAUCACCUGAGCACUGCAUGGAUUGGGUUGAACAGGGCUUUGUUGACAUGGUGAUAACCCGUAAUGAUGACAUCUACACUGCUAAGACAAAGUACAAUCUGCUGCCCAUUAUCCAUGAGAGCACUGAGACCAAGCAAGCACCUCCAAGUGAGUGGCAGAACAUUACUCUCGCCGUCACCAAAAUCACCAGCGACAUUGACACAUUGGCUCAGAUGGAGAACCGUCAAGUCUGCAUUCCUAAGGCAAACAGCACUGCCAGCUUCAAGACCCCCAUCGGGAGACUUAUCCAGGAAGGAAUUAUCCCCCGAAAGGGAGAUUUUGUUCAGAGUGCUGGGGAGUUCUUCAGUGAAAGUUGUGUGCCUGGUGUUCUGGACAGGACCUUUGACAAGAAUGGCACCUAUCCUGUGUCACUAGUAGCAAGAUGCGAGGGAGAAGCUGCUGUGCGCUACGAGGGCAUUGAGGGCGCUGUUCGCUGUUUGCAGGAGAACGUAGGCGAGGUUACCUUCCUUGAUCACAAGAAGAUUCAGAGCUUGUUGCUUGAAGACACCAUUCCAUCGGCUGUGACUCAAUUCAAGCUAAUCUGUAUGUCGGGUAGCCAACCUCUGACUGAGUGGGAGACUAAAGAUUGUCACGUUGGUCGGGUCCCACAGCCAACUAUCUACAUCAACCCACGAAGGAGUGAUCUGAAGACCGUGAUUCAGGAUCUGCUGGUCCAGGCUGUGCAGCUUUACAGCAGUAAAUCUGUGGGCACCUUCAAGCUCUUCGACUCCGCAGAGUACACUUGUCCAUCUGGUCGCAAUGUGGAUAUCCUCUUCAAGCAAGAAUCCAACGUCUUCAUCAACAUUGAUGAAAUGAUCAAGCCGCAUGCUGAGCCAUUCUUCAGAGUGAUGCAAACCGUGGACAAGCUUGUUCCCAAGACAAUGUGUCGAGUUUGCGUCAUCCAGCCAGAGCUGUAUGAAGGAUGCAAGAUGUUCAAGGGGAUGUUUGAGCAUGUUGAAGUUGCCAGUGAUGUAGCAUGGGGUUGUGUCUUGGCUCAGACUAAGAUGGAGUGUAUGCAAGCUGUUAUGAAUGGAACAGCAGAUUUAAUGACUGCCAACCCUACUGAGAUGUUUAUUGCUGGACGGGAAUUCAAACUACAGCCGUUUAUGAGUCAGGAGUUUGAUACAUUGAACCCUCAAGUAGAUGGCAAGUCUCAGUUUGAUAACACUACCUUCACCUACACCAUUGCUGUGAUGACCAAGGACAGAUUGCUUGAGAAAUAUGGCGAUAACGUCCGAUUCCUGAACAUGACUGGAUUGAAAACAUGUCAUGCUGGCAUCAGCAAGCUGUCUUCAUUCAAGCAUCCUAUUGGCUGGCUUCUGGCCAAUGGCACUAUUCCUCGUAUUGGCUCCGUCUUUGAGUCUGUCAGUCGCUUCUUUGAGAAAUCUUGCCUUCCAGGUGUCACUCCCAGGACCUGGACAUGGGACAAGGACCUUAUCCUCGGACAGGAGCUGAACUGGGGCUUCCCUGGUUUCAACUUCUAUAACUUCACAGGCUACGAAUGGUUCAACAUGAACAUGCCCAAUACUUGGAACUACUACAACUGGAAGGGAAUGUCCCCAAGAUUCUUUGAUGUCUUUUUCAAGACACUGAACAAGAAUGAGAUCAAGGAAUUGUUGAGCUUGCCAAGUCUGAUGAAAACUCCAUUCCUCCGCAAGAUUCUCAGCGCUCAACCAUCCAGUCUGAGGGACUUGUCUAAACUCCUGGAUCGUUUGCCUGAGGAAAUCCAUGGUCUUGAUGAUGAGACUUUGAUUCCUAGAGAUCAGAUCAGAUCGGAGGUUACCUUGGGUAUUGAUGGAUUGAUCAGGAAGUUGAAGGCUAUGGACUCUAGAUCUUGGCGGUGGUCUGCUGAGAAGUCCAAUUAUCGCGGAAAGUCACUUCAGUGGCGAAGCACAUCCCAGCCAGAGGAUCCUGUUUUGACUUCGUUGCUUAGCAACAUCGCCUCCAAGUAUUACAACAUUGAAGAGCAGCUGACUGAGUUUCUGGAGUACAUCAACGAGUCUCCCUCGAUGAUGGACAGACAAGAGGAGGAGUUUAGUUGGAUCACACACCCUGCCAUCAAGAGUUUCCUUCAAGUCUACAGUCGUCGCUUUGUGAAUGUUGACUUGUUUGAUAACGUGGCAUUGCGUGAGCAUGAAUUCAACCGUUACUUCAACCCAAUUUGGAACUCUCCACAGAUCGGUGACUUCCUUGAGAGGACCAAGGUUCACCAAGAGAGACUUUGCAGUGCCUGCGCUGGAGUCCGCGAGUCUAACUGCACUGAGACAUUACAGGAGCCUUACUCAAACUUCCAAGGGAGUGUGGAGUGUCUGCGGAACAGAGCGGGCGACAUAGCCUUCCUGGAAGCUCACACCGCUCAGAGAGUCCUAAGAUCAGCCCGAAUGACGCCCAACGAGGUCGUCAUGGUGUGUCGCUCUGGUGAAGUGAUUGAUUUCACCAUCGAUGAGGAAAUUCUCAAGAAGUGCAGCUUUGGUGCUGUGCCUCACUCAACCCUGAUGACUGCAUACAACAGGACAGGAAGCUGGCGAUGGAAUGUGACUAAGGCUCUUCUGCAUGCUCAGAGGCAGUUUGACAUCUCACCUAUGGCUGAAGUCUUUGUUCCUUCACCGUCUUCAUUCAAGUUCCAGCCUAUUCCUCUUAUCAAUCAGACUUAUGAAGUAUAUCUGGGACCCAUGUUGCUCCGCUCCUUUGAAGCCCUUGUCAAACCCUCGUCUUAUGAUUGGUGGAAGGCCAAGACCAAUGUUUGUUGGGGUGAGACUUACACUAAUGUCCUGACUCAGAGAAAUGGCACCUGUAACGCCAUCGUUAAGGAUGUCACCUGCGCAGGGUCCCCAUCACCCAUUGUGGUUUCUGUCGGUCGUGUUGGAGACAAGAAGAAGAUCUUGGUGCCGAUGUGCAGUCGUCCAACAGACUUUAAGCGUCAGAUGGCAGAAUUCUUGUGUGACAACGGUGCUACAUACCUGAAGUCUGUUAUGGCUCCUACUACCUGUGAAUGUGUUCCUUGUGAGGAGAUCUCCACGCAACCGACAUGGAACCGAGAUGAGUUCUGGAUGACUGAAGACAGGAUGUUUGUGCCUAGACAGUAUGAGGACAUCAAGAACCAAUGGGGAAAUGAAGCGUUUUGGGCUGAUACAUCCCUCAAUGUGAACUUUGACCUGGAGGAUGCAAUCACUAGCCUUAAAGACAUCCAACUCAUCAACCAGAGAACCAUCAGCACAAAGAAAGCACCCUCUUGUGAGAAGCCAUGGAUAGGAGAGGAGUGGCAUCGUGAAUGGUUUCCAGGGCAGAGUAGCAUCCCAGUUUGUGAACAGAAGACCAAGACGGAUGCUGUCAAGAAAAUCCAGAUGAUUGUCGGUCAAACUGAGCAGGAGCAGCAUCAGUAAACCCCCCCCCCCCCACAAAACCACCAAAAAUAUGAUCAUAUUACACCUCAAUACAAAUGUUUAGAUGUGCUAUCAGUCACCUGUGACAAUUGUUAAGUCAUGCCAGUUUAUUUUCUUACCUUAUUGUUUUGUUAUAAAUUAAUGAUAGAGUAAAAGCUAAAAAGAAAAGUAGAUUUAAAAAGCUUCUCAGAUUCAAAAUUGUUUUUACUUUGUAUGCUACUGUACUGUGAAUCAUACCAGAUCUCUCAUUUGAUACAUUUACCUUAAGAUGCAAACAUUGAAUUAAAUGAUUUGGCAGACACUAAUAAAACUCAACGUUUUAAGCUUACAAAAUCAACUAUAUAAAUGUAGACAAACAAUUAAACUAUAAUCUUUCUUUUUACUUUUGUAUCUUUUGUUGUUUAAUUCUAAUUGGUUUGUGAUAAUGUUGAGUAAACAUUUAAAGAACUUAUUACAGCAAA